UUCUUGGUGCAGUACUCGAGACUGCACAGCAAAGUGCCAGACGAGCACGAAAGCGGCUAGACUUUAUCAACAGCCUGCACCCUCUCUUCUCGUCCGCAUCCACUCCUUCAAUCCUUCGAUUGCUUCGCUGAUUGAUCUCCGUCACUGGAAGCGCAUACACGAUGCCUGCAGAGUUUGACGAUGUGCUCCUCAACCAGCCCGUCGUGCUCGAUGGAGGUUCGGGAACUAUCAAAGCCGGCUUUGCAGGAGAAGAUGUGCCCAAAUGCUUCUUUCCUAACUAUGUUGGCAGGCCCAAGCAUCCCAGAGUCAUGGCAGGCGCAGUAGAGGGAGACAUGUUUAUUGGCAAAAAGGCUCAGGAGUUGAGGGGAUUGCUUAGCGUCAGGUAUCCAAUGCAGCACGGAAUCGUGACAGACUGGGACGAUAUGGAACGCAUUUGGCACCACGUCUACACCAACGAGCUCGGCACGCUCAGCGAGGAGCACCCCGUGCUGCUCACAGAGGCGCCGCUCAAUCCUCGGUCCAAUCGAGACACGGCGGCUCAAGUUUUCUUUGAAACGUUCAACGUGCCGGCCAUGUACAUCAGCAUCCAGGCAGUGCUCAGCUUGUACUCGUCAGGGCGAACGACAGGCAUCGUGUUGGACUCGGGUGACGGAGUGACGCAUGCGGUGCCGGUAUAUGAGGGGUUCAGCGUGCCACACGCGAUCAGGCGCAUAGAUGUGGCCGGUCGGGACGUGACCGAGUCGUUGCAGUUGCACCUCCUCAAAGCUGGCUACGAUCUGCACACGACGGCGGAAAAGGAAGUUGUCAGGUUGAUCAAGGAGAAAUGCUGCUAUGUUGCGCCGAGCGAUACGGCCAAGGAGGAAAAGGAUCCGAAACCGAGCGAAGAGUUCAGAUUGCCGGACGGGAAUGUCAUCAAGCUCGGAUCGGAACGAUUUAGAGCGCCUGAAAUCCUGUUCAACCCUUCGCUGGCCGGCUUGGAAUACCCUGGAGUACCUCAGAUGAUCAUCGACUCUAUCAACCGGUGCGAUUUGGACCUGCGGCAAAAUCUCUACGCCAGCGUCGUGCUCAGCGGCGGAAGCACGCUCUUGAAAGGAUUCGGAGAGAGGUUAUUGACGGAGACGAAGAGGUUGGGAGUGAAGAACUCCCACAUCAAGAUCUUUGCGCCGCCCGAGCGAAAGUAUGCUACGUGGAUAGGUGGAAGCAUCUUGGCUGGUCUGAGCACCUUCAGAAAGAUGUGGAUCUCUGCAGAAGAAUACACGGAAGAUGGAGAUGUGGUGCAUCGAAAGACGUUUUGAUGCAAGCAUCGCAAUCGCAUCUUCAUUCUCGAAUCUUGCGCUUCGUUGUGCAUACAGGGCCGUUCAUGGGCCUUGAAUGGACGCAGAGCAAGCGCGAUUGGGCUGAUGGGCAAUCUUCGACCACCCCCGACCCUUGCUUCUGUGGGGUCUUGG